AUGGAGCAAAUCCACGGCAUCGAUGUUAGCUGGAUGACCCAUGGGGCUCCGAAAGACAAAUCGAGAGUUGCCGGCCAGCGACGGUCGACCUUCUCGUCGCAGCCAUCGCCGCGCGAAUCCCCAGUGACCAGUCCGGUCUCCUCCUCCCCGCCACCUCCCAGCACACUCAACGGCCACGCCGACCUCUCAUCAAAACCCACAGCAACUCCGCCGAAGCAAAUACCCCUAAGGCCCGGUUUCACGAGGCGGGAUUCAAAUGAGAAGAAAGCAGAGCCCAAUGGCACAGGCACCUCCCCUCAACGGCGUGGGUCCUGGUUCUCCAACAUCUCCCACAAGUUCAGCACCAGCGGCGCUCAAAGCCCCCCGCAGGCGAACAACGCCCCGGCCCAGCAGGCCGAGAUAUCUGUCCCCAAGGUCGUCCCCGCGAAGAAUGCGGUAUUGCAGCAUGCUGCGAAGUACCAGGGUGAGGGCCCGUAUACCCCGGCCCCGCCGAAGAGCGGCCAGACAGGCCUUCUGCAAGUCUUCCGGAGGUUAUCGGCAUCUAAUGGGCAAUUAUCGCCGGGGAUCAAGAGCCUCCAUCAUGGUCUGGUCGAGCGGCGUGUGCUAAAUGUUGACCGCCGCCGAGAAAGAUGUGCGCUCGCGGAGCUCAACCAGGCUAAACUACGCCGAGUGGCAUUCUGCGUGGAUGUUGAGAUUGCGCCAAUGCCUAAAUACGCCGAUGGUGAUUCGAAGAAGAUCUGCGUGCCAACCUGCGAUAAGACCGUAAAACGCAAGAUCAGUGAGAAGGGUGAGGGCGAAGCCCUAAAGAAUCCAAAGGCCCUUGAGGACCAGAAAGAGCUGAAUGGUGUUGUGAAAGCCACCGGCGAGCGGUUACCAAAGGAGCCGCCAAGGGAGGGCAUAGAGCAACCGGCACCGGCGUCCGAUAUUAAGGAUAGCGGCGAUGCUACUUCCGAAAAGCUUGGUGAUACUAAGAAGAAAGAGAAGAAGAAGAAGAGUGAAGAGGAGCGAAAGGCCCGCAAGGAAAAGAAGCGGAAGCUAGCUGAGGCAAACGGCCAGAUUCCCAUGGAGUUGCAUCUUGACUCCGAUUCGUCAAGCCCGUCAACACCCACGAAUGGCGUUACGACACCAAGAACUCAGGCACUGCCAACAACUAAUCCAGUCCGAAUCUAUAGGAGAUGUUGUCAACUACGAGAAACUCCGAUCCUAAAGAAGAUCACAGAGCAGCUCACAAACUCUUCGAAUGCCUCGCCCGGUGGUGUUGUUGAGAAGCUAGAUUUGACUGGAUACUGGAUGCAGUUGGCCGAUCUUGUCACCCUGGGAGAUUAUCUCGCGGUCGUUCCUAUCAAGGAAGUCGUAUUAGAGAACUGCGGGCUGACUGAUGAAGGACUCCGAGUCAUCCUCGCGGGCUUACUCGCCGCGAGAAGACCUGAAGGGAAGAAGAGACGUUCCAUAACCGAGCCCGACGGUUUCGUUCAUCAAGGUGGCGUCGUCGAACGUCUUGUUCUGAAGAACAACAAGAUUGGUCCAGAGGGUUGGAAGCACCUAUGCCUCUUCCUCUACAUGUGUCGGUCUCUCAAGGCUCUCGAUGUUUCCAAUAUUGCGUUCCCCAAACCGGCCGCAACUUCGCACGCACAGAGUGGUCAUGGACACCAACCAAAUGGCACUCAAACAGGCCUAGACCUCUGCAAGCUUUUGUCUAAAUCGAUCGGCGAUAGAUUAGCAGGAUCAUGCCUCGAAUUGAUCAACCUUGGCGAGACAGGUUUGAGCACCGAGCAAUUAGGAGAGAUUAUCGAUGGCAUUAUCAGAAGCGGCAUUCGUCGAUUAGGUCUUGCGCACAACAACAUUGACAACAAGGGACUAGAACAUAUCCAGAAGUACCUGCGCAGCGGAAAGUGUGAGGGAUUGGACCUUGGUGGGAAUGACCUACGCGACCGGUUGGAGGUUGUCGCAAACGCACUGGAUGACGAGAACCCUCUUUUUGCUUUGAGCCUUGCCGAAUGCAAUCUCAAGCCAGGGUCGCUUUGCAAGCUCUUACCCAAGUUGAUCAGGUUGCAGAAUUUCCGCUUCAUUGAUUUAUCACACAACCACGAUCUAUUCAAAUCGGAGCCAAGUGCCGUUGGAGUACUUCGAAGAUAUCUACCGAAACUAGCUCAUCUCAAGCGCAUCCAUCUCACAGAUGUGGGAUUGAACUCUGAUCAGGCAAUCGCUCUGGCCGAGAUCUUGCCUGAGAUGCCAUCCCUUGCUCACAUCAGCCUCCUCGAGAACCCUGAGCUUACUCGCCUCGCCGAUGCAAAGACCGAGGAGACCCAGGAAGAGGCAUCUGCCUUGUAUGCGUCAUUCCUCGCUGCAACCAGAGUAUCAGAGAGCUUGGUUGCUGUUGAUAUUGAUGUCCCUACCGAGGCUGCAGGCGAGAUUGUGAGAGCACUGGCGAAGCAAGUUGUUGCAUACUGUCUACGGAAUAUGGAGCGCCUGCCUCUUGGCAACGCGGUGGCUGCAUUGAGCGAGGCUUCGGCGACGACAACUGGUACAGAACCUGUGGUGCCAGAUGUCCUCCAGCACCUGGUUGGCAAGGACGCUCUUCUUCCUGAUACACCAGAAGAAGAGGAGGAUGUUGCUCCGGAUGACGAUUAUGUCAUUGGAGGCACCGGAGUAGCGAAGGCGUUGGCUUGCUGUCUCAACAAUCGCGGCGACGAAUCUCGCAGGCAAUCUGGCGAGUUCAUACGUGAAGUGGAGACCGGUAUACCGGUUGAGAGACCUCAUCUACCCUCUGGUAAGGCCAAGGACGUGUCGAAACAUCUCUUGGUAAGCGCGAGAAAGAUCAGGCAUCGGCUACAGCCUGCUCUUGUCAAGGCCAAAACCUCUUCGGCAGACACCAACACUUACUAUCGUCUCCUCUUCCUUCAAAAUACUCUUGAUGGAAUCAUUAAACGCUUUGAAGAUGAAUAUCCCGAAACAAGAGAAUCUUUCGACAGUGCCAUAUCUGUUUCACUGCCUGACGGUCAUAAGUUGGGGACAUCUCUAUCCUCUGCCGAGGGUGAACCGGAUGCUCCUGCUGCCAUCUCAGAUGCCGAAGACGAAGUGGAAAUCAGCCGAGAGCCACUGAAGCGCUCCAACUCUACCAUAUCACUUACUUCCAAGGCGCUCGUCAAUGAGGAAGCUCGUGUCCUCCGCGCUGGCCACAAGUUUCGCGCUAGUUGGCUCAAGCCACAGCACUACGAUGUGCUGUUUUCAGGUGUUGAGGAGAUCGGGGCUGAUCCGAAUCAUGUCCGGGUGCUCCAUGAAAUGAUUGAUGAUCUUGGUGAUGAGGACCUGUUGAAGAAAGUCGAGGAGAAAGGGGCCAUCCGUGUUUACAUGGAGGACAAGGAGCAGGUACUCCGGGCACUCAAAGAAGCGGAUCCCGAACAUUGGGAUCGUUUCAUUGAGUCCCAGCGGAAGGCGCGAGCAAAUGUUCAACCUGGUCAGCCCAAACCGCCUGCUGAGAACGGCCAGGCCGCAGCGACUACGGUUGAGGACAUUGCUGUCACUGAUUAG